AUGGCCGACAUGUUCCAUAUACGCGCACCAUCAAACCUCCCGAGCCUGGUGAAGUCGGCAUUUUCCAAGGCAAAGGCCAGUGGCGAUUUGACGUACUACCCCACACGGGUUGCGCUCUUGGAACUGAGCUCGAUACCCUUCCAACUGCGCUUCUCCCCAUCCCUGGCCUCCAAGCCAAAGGCACCCAAGCCCAAGGAGCCUGGUGCCAAGCCCUUCAACCCCUUCGAGAACCCCCUUCCGUCUAUGACGGUCUCGGAGUUGCCCCCUUCCCACGCUUUAGUUCUGAACAAGUUCGCAAUAGUACCGGAACACUUUAUCCUCAUCACUAAGUCGGCAAAGCCGCAGACCCACGUGCUAGAGCAGGACGACAUCGCAGCGACGUAUGCCUGCAUCAAGGCGUACCGCGAUAACGGGAAAGAGUUAUUCGCAUUUUUCAACUCUGGCCCGCACUCAGGCGCCAGUCAGCCCCAUAGACAUCUUCAACUCCUGCCUGUCGACGAGAUGAGAGCUGGGCUUGAAGACAUCAAGGGGGAGCCGCAAUGGGGCAUUCUUGCAGAGGAGGUUCAGAGGCGGACGAGCGACCUGCCUUUUGCUGUCCUCACUGAAACUAUAGCUCCAGAAAUGGCACCUGAGGAACUUCACAGAAAGUACUUGAGUCUGUAUAGGCGGGCCGUGAAUCUGGUACUCCCGAAUAGCGACGCACCUGCGGAAGGUGAGGCAAAGAUCAGCUAUAACAUGGCCAUGACGAGCACGACGUUGGCUGUAUGCCCUAGGCGUGCCGAGGGGGCCUCGAUACAAAGCAAGACUGGGGAUGAUGCCGGUUUCGUGGCUCUCAAUGGAACGCUACUUGCCGGUACUGCCUUGGUAAAGAAUGAGUCGGAGUGGGAUGCCCUCAGAGAAAGUCCGGAGAAGCUACUCGGCGUGCUCAACCAGAUCGGCAUUCCAUCUCAUGAUACGAUCAAUGGCAACUUGUGA